UGGCUGCCCCGUGAUGCCUCCAGGAUGUCAUGGUGCGGUGCUACUGGCGAAACAGCUCCCAUCAUCUCCUGCAUUUGGGAGCCGGAGCAGAUGAAGGCAGAAGAACAGCUCAGCACAAACAGGAAGAGACAGCAGAGACGGAGGAACAGGCCAGAAUGACGAGACAGAGAUGGAACAAGAAGCUGGCUGCAGUUGUUGGACCAGGAUUUGGCCGAGUACCCUGUGUCCCUCCGCCAGGCUCUACCUGGACCAGCAGGGGGUCACAGAGGUCAUCCGCCUGUGGUCGGUCUUUCCUGAUGGGACACACUGACAGCUCUUGGUGGCCUGCUCUGAGUGGCAGCAGCAGUCACAGUGGGAAGCCUCUUCAGCAUGUUUGCCUCCUACAGAGCCAUGUUGGUGUUUGGCCUGUCCUUUGCCUUCUUCAGGUAGCUGAUGAAAGCUUGGGUCAUCUUCAUGGACCUGCCCUUGAAAUCCCUACACGUCACCAUCAGACACCCAGACUCACCAGUACACUGGGCCUCCUGGAUGGAUCAUGGCCUGUUUUUUUUUCCCAGCACACCUCCACAGCCUCUCCUAUCUCCCUGAUCUGGGAGGUUUACCAGAGGAUCAGUUGUUUGCUGGUUGACAGCAGGUUCUCUCUCCUCCUCACCCCUGAUGCUGCUGACCUGACAGACCAGGUAGCUGAGGGAGUUCUCCAGCAGCAAUUAGAACCUCUGACCCAGGUGUUUCCCAAACUGGAUCUUGGAGUGAACCAGGAAGUGGUCUCCAAGAUCUCCUCUGUUCUCCCUCGCUGCUCCUCCUCCUUACAGCAGGCCCUCAGUUGGCCCCAUGAGGAGACGACCCAGAGGAGUUCUAUGCAACAAGCACCGUAAAAACCUAACCUGAAAGCAAAGAUUCGUCAUUUUACUGUAUUAAUAUUUAGAACAAUAAAACAAUCAUUAGACUGGA